GGUCACUAUGUCACAACAUUAUUUUGACAAUCCUGUGAAAUUAAUGAUUGUCAAGAUUUGUUGCUAUAUUACGAUAUUGUUGUAGUUUUUCUUGUUUCCACCUUAAAACCAUUGAGAAAUGGGUUUGUGCAAUUGCUUGGACAACGUUAGUUUGCCCCCUUGCGCAUGGUUUGAAGGGGACAAAAGAAAUUCUUAUGCUUCAAUGAUUGCAGGACUUCUGUUUUUCGCCGGUUGGUGGACCCUGAUUGACGCGGCUACUGUCUAUCCAGGAAAAAUCCCAGCCGGUUACUGGAUGUGCGGGGUGGCUGGCACUCUUUCUUUAAUCAUGGUUAAUUCUGUGUCUAACGCACAGAUGAGGGGUGACACAUAUGAAGGAGGCUGUUUGGGAACCCGUGGUGCGCGGAUAUGGAUUUUUGUUGGAUUUGUUAUGGGAUUUGCGUCGGUUAUAGGGUCUUGUGCCAUUCUUUUCACAAAAUACAUUAAUGAAGAUCCACACUACCCGGGAGUAGCUUUGUUCCUCCAAAAUGCUCUCAUUUGUAUUUCAUCUAUCAUCUACAAAUUUGCCCGAUCAGAGGACUUAUGGGGAUAAUAUUUUGUGAUCAUCACCAAGAGUUGUUUACUGCUAAAAUAUCAAAGUGAUAGCAUAGCAGAUUUUCUAUCACUAUAAGUCAAAUGUUUAGAUGUAAGUUUGUAUAUUUAUUCCUUCUCUAGUGUAUGUUUUCAGAAAAUGUGAUAAGUAUAUUUCAGUUUAAACCAUGAUUCAUUUUUGUUAUUCGGCUAAUGUGUGUGGGUUUAGCCUGCUUUAUACAGAUUACAGUAAAAGAAAUACACAAUAACAAAAA